CAACGUUCGCGCUCAUUUCUGAAAAAAAAAGUAAAAAAAUAAAAUCAGAACGUAAAAGUUUAAAUUUUUGUGUCGUUUACAUACUAGAAAAAUCCUUUACAUUCUGUUCUUAUAUCCUGUGCCGGUUGCGCGUAACAUUAUCGACGAUCGUUGAAUGUCGCUAAUAUCGCACAGUGCAUUCCAAUAAAAAAAAUAGAAUUUGACGGGACUUUGUUUAGUCAGCCUGAAAAUUUUUACAAAACCAAAGCAGUAUGUCUCGUGUUUUAGAGGAUUCGCCAAAUGCUCAUCUCGAUAAGUCCAUUUUGGAACGUUAUCGCAGCUUACCAUUGAAGGAGAAUAUCGUACAAGCCACCUACGUGUGGAUCGAUGGCACCGGUCAAGAUUUGCGUUGUAAGGAUCGUACGCUAGAUUUCAUACCAUAUGAUCCGAAAGAACUUCCAAUUUGGAAUUACGAUGGCAGUUCCUGCUACCAAGCGGAGGGCUCCAAUUCGGACACCUACCUCCACCCGGUGGCCAUUUACAAGGAUCCCUUCCGUCGUGGCAAUAAUAUUUUGGUCAUGUGCGACACCUACCGCUUUGACGGCGAACCCACCGCCUCCAACCACCGCAAGAGUUGUCUAGAAGUAGCGAAUAAGUGCAAGGAUCAAGAACCGUGGUUCGGCAUUGAACAAGAGUAUACAUUCCUUGAUUUCGAUGGGCAUCCAUUGGGUUGGCCCAAGAACGGUUUUCCCGGACCACAAGGACCCUACUAUUGUGGCGUAGGCGCCAAUAAGGUUUAUGCACGUGGUGUCAUCGAUUCGCAUUAUCGCGCCUGUUUGUAUGCUGGUAUUAAAGUAGCUGGCACAAAUGCUGAGGCCAUGCCAGCACAAUGGGAAUACCAGGUGGGACCCUGUGUGGGCAUUUCAAUUGGCGAUGAUUUGUGGAUGUCGCGCUUCCUCUUACAUCGCAUUGCCGAGGAAUUUGGUAUUGUUGCCACUUUGGAUCCCAAGCCUAUGCCUGGCAAUUGGAAUGGCGCUGGCGCUCACACCAAUGUCUCAACUAAGAAAAUGCGCGGUGAUGGCGGCAUAAAAGAAAUCUUAGGUGCAGUUGAGAAGCUCUCCAAGCAUCAUGAACGUCAUAUACGCGCCUAUGAUCCCAAAGGAGGUCAGGAUAAUGCACGUCGUCUGACUGGUCAGAAUGAGACCAGUUCAAUUAAUGAUUUUAGUGCCGGUGUUGCCAAUCGCGGUUGCUCUAUACGCAUACCGCGUGGCGUUAACGAUGAUGGCAAGGGAUAUUUCGAGGAUCGUCGCCCCAGCUCCAAUUGUGAUCCCUACUCAGUAGUGGAGGCUAUUCUGCGCACAAUUUGCUUGGAUGAAUAAAAUGAGCGCUGCUUCACAGUUUUCGAAUGCAGUUGGCUAUGGUUGGGUUUAUUGAAGGUGUUUAAUGUGCUGAGAUACUAGAAAGUGAAACGAAACCAAAGGCAGCGAAUGAACUUGACAAUACAUAAAAUAUUUAUUAAGUUCUAAGUAACUAAGAGAAAAAUGUACACUCGAUAUACAUAAAUUAAAAAAAAACAUAAAUUUCUGAAACAGAAAAUUUUAUAGGAGAGCCAAACAAUGGCGUGCAAGACCUUUGAAUUUAUAGUUGAUCACCACUAAUUGUGAAAAGUAUAUAUUAUAUUAUAUUUAUUUUUGUUGUUGUUGAGGCAAAGCAAACGCUGCAGGCAGAAUGAAUGAAAGACAAAUGUUUAGCGUAAAAAAAUCUUUAGUGAAAAUAAAAAGUAUAGUUGAAUAUA